AGACGGAAAGUGUCGGAGCGGGGAGCGCAUAGCAACAGGGUCCAGGAUGAAGCAGGUUCGGCAGCAGCAUCUCCGGAAGCCAGUGCCACCAGAUCUCCUGGUAAGCCCCAGCAGCCAGGAUGGGGACCUGGGCUCCGAGUGCCCAGAGGACAGAGGGAACUGGACAGGGCGGCUGGAUUUCCUCCUCUCCUGCAUCGGAUACUGCGUGGGCCUUGGAAACGUCUGGAGGUUCCCCUACAGGGCUUACACCAAUGGAGGAGGAGCUUUCUUGGUUCCUUACUUCAUCAUGCUGGCUAUCUGUGGGAUCCCCAUCUUCUUCAUGGAGCUGUCACUUGGCCAGUUCUCCAGCCUAGGGCCACUCGCAGUCUGGAAGAUCAGCCCUCUCUUUAAAGGCGUUGGCAUGGGCACGAUCCUCAUCGUCUCCUUGGUGGCCAUUUACUACAAUAUGAUCAUUGCUUACGUUCUCUUCUACCUCUUUGCAUCCCUCACAAGCGACUUGCCCUGGCAGCACUGUGGCAACUGGUGGAACACUGACCUGUGCCUGGACCACCACGUCCUCAAGGCGGGGAACAGCUCCCUCCCCGUCAACAUCAGCAACACCGUCAGCCCCAGCGAGGAGUACUGGAGCCGGUAUGUCCUGCACAUCCAAGGAAGCUCGGGGAUUGGGGAUCCUGGGAGGAUCCGCUGGAACUUGUGUCUGUGCCUGCUCCUUUCUUGGACUAUUGUUUAUCUGUGCAUCCUUAAGGGAGUCAAAUCCUCUGGCAAGGUCGUGUACUUCACUGCCACCUUCCCGUACCUCAUCCUGGUGAUGCUGCUCAUCCGUGGCGUGACCCUGGAGGGGGCCUGGAAGGGGAUACAAUUUUACCUCACUCCCCAGUUUGAUCACUUGCUGUCCUCCAAGGUGUGGAUUGAGGCAGCCCUGCAGAUUUUCUACUCCCUUGGGGUGGGCUUUGGGGGCCUCCUCACCUUCGCCUCGUACAACACCUUCCAUCAGAAUAUCUACAGGGACACCUUCAUAGUGACCCUGGGCAAUGCCAUCACCAGCAUCCUGGCAGGGUUUGCCAUCUUCUCCGUUUUGGGAUACAUGUCCCAGGAGCUUGGGGUCCCUGUUAACCAGGUGGCAAAAGCAGGUCCUGGUCUGGCUUUUGUGGUGUACCCCCAGGCCAUGACAAUGCUCCCCCUUUCUCCAUUCUGGUCAUUCCUGUUCUUCUUCAUGCUGCUAACCUUGGGCCUGGACAGCCAGUUUGCAUUCAUGGAGACCAUCGUCACAGCAGUGACAGAUGAGUUCCCCUACUACCUGCGGCCCAAGAAAGCUUCCUUCUCAGCUGCCAUCUGCAUUGCCCUCUUCCUCAUGGGGCUCAUCCUCACAACAGAGGGUGGGAUGUACUGGCUGGUCCUGCUGGAUGACUACAGUGCUGGCUUUGGUCUCAUGGUGGUGGUGAUCACUACCUGCCUUGUGGUGACACGUGUCUAUGGCAUGAAGAGGUUCUGCCGAGAUAUCCACAUGAUGCUGGGAUUCAAACCAGGCCCCUACUUCAGAGCUUGCUGGAUGGUCCUAUCCCCAGCAACGAUGAUGGCUCUGCUGGUGUAUAACAUUGUCAAGUACCAGCCUUCUGAAUAUGGCAACUACCGCUUCCCCACCUGGGCAGAGGUCUUGGGCAUCCUCAUGGGAGUCCUCUCCUGCCUGAUGAUUCCCAUGGGCAUGGUGGUGGCUGUGCUCCAAGAAGAAGGGACGCUGUGGGAGCGAGUGCAGCAAGCCAGCCGGCCGGCCAUGGACUGGGGCCCGUCCCUGGAGGAGAACCGCAGCGGCAUGUACGUGGCCAGCCUGGCUGGCAGCCAGUCCCCCAAGCCCCUGAUGGUCCACAUGCGGAAAUACGGGGGCAUCACCAGCUACGAGAACACGGCCAUCGAGGUGGACCGCGAGAUGGAGGAGGAGGACGAGGAGGAGUCCAUGAUAUGA